AACAUGUCCUACAACUGCUGCUCUGGAAGCUUCCCCGCCUGCUCCUGUGGGGGCUACCUGCGCUACCCAGGAUCUUCCUGUGGCUCUUCCUACCCCAGCAACCUGGUCUACAGCACUGAUCUCUGUUCUCCCAGCACCUGCCAGCUGGGUUCCUCUCUCUAUAGGGGCUGUCAGGAGACCUGCUGGAGGCCCAACAGCUGUCAGACAUCCUGUGUGGAGUUCAGCCCCUGCCAGACCUCCUGCUACUACCCCAAGACCCACAUGCUCUGCAAUUCUUGCCCGACUAUGCACGUUGGAUCUCGGAGUUUUGGAUCCAAUAGCUGCUGCUCCCCGAGCUGUGGAUCCAGGAGCUGCUCCUCACUAGGUUGUGGAUCCAAUGGCUUCAGAUAUCUGAAUUAUAGAAUCCAUGUCUUCCCUUCCCAGAGUUAUAGAUCCAGAUUCUGCUACCCAUUUAGGAGGUGGUUCCAUUCAUCUUGUUAUCAGCCAUUCUGUAGAUCUGGUUUCUACUGACUAAUGUGACUGCUCAAACCCAUUUGAGAAAUGCGUAUCUUUAGUAUAAAGUCAUCUAUUAAUUUCCUCUUUUGAGAAGUAUUCUAAUAUUAUUGAUCACCAGGUCUACUUUACUUUCCAGUCUUCAAAAACUGGCUUGUAUGUUAGUUCUGUCAAACUGCAGUUUGGAUCAAUGACUGAUCUAUAACUGGAUCAAUCUGGAUCUAUAACUCUGGGAAGGAAAG